AUGAAGCUCAUCCUCUCCACCUCCAAUAUCAUGAAAUCCGGCCCGUCGGUAGUCCGGCUACCGACGGAAAAGUCCAACGUCGAACUGAUCAAUUCGCUGCGGUCGAACUUUGUCGCUGCGCAGGAGGCGGCGCAAUCACAAUCACAAUCGCAAUCACAAGAGAAUAAAACUGGCGACUGGACGAAAACAGAAGGCGACACGCUCUACAUCCCCGCGAUCGACUUCACGCAGUCCGGCCUGACGGAGGAGCGCGGCCAGUACGACAUCACCGUUAAACUGUUCUACCUCCCUGGUAUCCCGGCGUCGCGGCGAUGCGCGCACACCCGCCAGGCGAUCGACCUCGUGCUGAAGGAGCUGCAUAUCGACACGAUCGAUCUGCUGAUUGUCUCGUUUCCGGGGGUGUCGUUUGAUGCGGAUGACGAGACAGAAGAUAACGACAACGACGAUGAUAAUCAGUCGAGGGCAGGCAGUGGUAGCGAUGGUAGUGGUAGCGGAGGGAGUAGUACCAGCGAGCCCGACGACUUCGACAGCAUGGUCCGCACAUGGCACACGCUGGAGACGCUGCAGCAAAACGGCAUGAUCGCGCAGCUGGGCGUGGCCGAGUUUGGCAGCGACCGGCUGGCCAAGUUCCUGCCGCACACGCGCGUGCGCCCCUCGGUCGACCAGAUCAACGUCAAGGACUGCUGCGUCGUGCCCAAGUCGCUGAUUCUGUACGCCAAGCAGGAAGGGAUCCAGCUGCUGACGCACAACGACUGCACCGACAUCCUGCCGCGGGGCACGACGCGCGAGCUGCUGGGGCCCGGCGAGAAGGGGGCGGGCAUUCUGGCGUCGUCGCCGGAUGCGAGCGACGGCCUGCAGGGCGAUAUUGAGCCGCAGUGGGUGGUCAAGUAUACGGCGGUGGUCAAGGACCGCGGCGUGAUUGAGAGCAAGGGGUAUUUUGCGUUUGCGGAGGUGGGCAGCUGUAUCCAGACGGGGGAUCGAGAAUAA